AUCUCAUCUUUUAAUUUCCUCAAUGUUCCUUCAAGGGACUUUUUCAAUGGAGUUCACUUGUUUGCAUCACAAAUUCAAUUCCCCUCCUUUACCUCACCUUUCACUUCCAUUCUGCAAGAGCCCUAACCCCAGAAUAUUUCCUAGAAAAAGAAACAAUCUUUUUCUGGCUUCGGCUUCUGAUACCGUCGUUGCCGCUUCAAGAAAGGAGCUCGGCAGCAAGAAAGACAAUGAAUUUGGGGACUUGAAAUCUUGGAUGCACAAAAAUGGCUUGCCUCCUUGUAAAGUUGUGCUCAAUGAGAGGACUUCCCGCGAUGAGAAGCAUAGCCCUAUACAUUAUAUUGCUGCCAGUGAGGAUCUUCAGGCAGGUGAUGUUGCUUUCUCGGUGCCGAAUUCAUUAGUUGUUACGCUUGAGAGAGUGCUGGGAAACGAGACUGUUGCUGAACUUUUGACAACGAACAAGUUAUCUGAAUUGGCAUGCUUAGCUCUGUACCUAAUGUAUGAGAAGAAGCAAGGGAAGAAGUCAUUCUGGUAUCCCUAUAUUAGAGAGCUUGAUCGUCAACGAGGAAGGGGCCAGCUGGCUGUGGAAUCUCCCCUUUUAUGGUCCCAAGAUGAAUUGGCUUACCUUACGGGUAGCCCCACUAAGGCUGAAGUGCUCGAAAGGGCUGAAGGAAUAAAAAGAGAGUAUAAUGAGCUUGAUACGGUCUGGUUUAUGUCCGGGUCUCUCUUUCAGCAAUAUCCGUAUGAUAUACCUACUGAUGCUUUUCCGUUUGAGAUUUUCAAACAAGCCUUUGUCGCUGUUCAGUCUUGUGUGGUGCAUUUACAGAAAGUACCUUUGGCUCGGAGAUUUGCAUUGGUUCCUCUUGGACCCCCAUUGCUAGCUUACAGGAGCAAUUGCAAGGCAAUGCUAAGUGCAGUUGGUGGUGCUGUUGAGCUAGUGGUUGAUCGCCCGUAUAAGGCUGGGGAGCCCAUUGCUGUCUGGUGUGGACCACAGCCUAAUUCAAAACUGCUUAUAAACUACGGCUUUGUUGAUGAUGAUAAUUCUUAUGAUCGCUUGGUGGUUGAGGCAGCUUUGAAUACUGAGGAUCCUCGAUAUCAGGACAAGAGAUUGGUUGUUCAAAGAAAUGGCAAACUAUCAGUGCAAGUUUUUCAUGUUUAUGCAGGGAAGGAAAAAGAAGCUGUCUCCGAUAUGCUUCCAUAUUUGCGAUUGGGCUAUGUUUCGGAUCCUUCUGAGAUGCAAUCUGUUCUUUCUUCUCAGGGUCCAGUCUGCCCGGUUAGUCCAUGCAUGGAACGAGCAGUGCUAGACCAGCUUGCUGAUUAUUUCAAUAGACGCCUGGCUGGCUACCUUACUACACUGAAUGAAGAUGAGUCAUUGUUGUCAGAUACAAACUUGAAUCCCAGGCGACGAGUUGCCACUCAACUUGUUAGGUUGGAAAAGAAAAUUCUCCACGCUUGUCUGCAGGCAACAACUGAACUGAUAGGCGAGUUGCCUGAUCACUCUGUGUCUCCGUGCCCUGCACCUUAUGCCCCCUUGUUGAAAUAGUGCAUGUUCUACUAGCGUCACGCCGACUCUUCGAUUUUCUUUGAGUACCAGUGUUCGGCACCCGUGUCCAACACAUCAGGAUAUGUAUCCGACGCUUACCUCAAAUCCGAGUCAUUGAUGCCAUGAUGAUCAGUAAGUGAAUGGUUCUUCAACAUGCAUAUCAACUCCAAGAGUGUCUUCUAGCUGUAGUGUUAUAACUGCAGAUUUGGAUGAUCCUUUCUUUUUCAUUAAAUUGAAUCUGGUUUCUUUCAUUUGUUGACUUCCCCCUCAAUUCUAACUCCGUAGUAGAGCUGGUUUUGACUUGAGAUUUGUA